GGCCGUGACAGCAUGGAGAAGCGUUCCUUGAUCAUCAGUGUUGAUGAAGAGUAUUCCAGGAUGAAAUUGGAUGACAUUGCAAAGGCACCUCCUAUCUUCCAGGAGGACGGCCGCAUCACCGCGGGCAACGCCUCGUCGCUGAACGAUGGCGCGGCGGCGCUGGUGCUGCUGAGCGCCAGCAGGGCGCGGGACAUGGGCAUCAGCCCCAUGGCACGCGUGGUCUCCUUCGCCGACGCGGCGCUGGAAGCGCGGCACGUGGCCAAAGCGCCCAGUGCGGCGGUGCGGAAGGCCAUGCAGGCGGCCAGGAUGUCCACGGUGAACUUCUACGAGAUCCAUGAAACCUUCGCAGCGGUGUCUUGGUCAAUUGCAUAUGCAGUGCAGUGGCCGGCUGAAACGGGACCCUGUCAGGGCCCUGGAAGCCUCAACGUCUCAGGUGGCAUUGGCCAACAUGCAGCUGUUGGAUCUGGACCCUUCGCGUGUCAACGUCAACGGUGGAGCGGUGGCCCUGGGCCAUCCCUUGGGGGCCUCCGGGGCGCGGAUCGUCAGCACGCUGCUGACUGUGCUGACGCAGCAGGAUGCCGAGACGGGCUGCGCGGCCAUUUGCAGCACCGGCGGCGGGGCGACGGCCAUGGUCAUUGAGCGGCGGUGAAAA